UGGUUUUUCUUUCUUUAUGGAUUCUCUGCAAACUAAUCCUCCUUCAACUUUCGACACCCUACCUCCUCAAGCUGCACUUCCAUCGUCUUCAGAAAUCUUUGCGCAGAAUCCACACAUGUAUUCAGAAACCCUAGCUUAUCCAGCUCAGAAUCCAUCUUCUUUGCAGAGUAAUGCUUCCUAUGAUCAUGAUGAAGGUCUGCCUGCACCGCCCGAAACCCUAGAUUCGUUUGAUCAAAAUCCUCCGCCUCCUCCACAAACCCUUUCCUCGAACGAUCAAUAUCCGCCACCACCUCCAGAAAACUUUGCAGACGAUGAGAACCAUGUGCCCCCUUGUGAAACCCUACCUUCGAAUAAUCAAAAUCACAGUUUUUCUUUGGAAACCCAGAAUCCAACUCCUUUGCAACAAAAUCCGGAGAAUGGAGCUUCAGCGGCCGCAGAAAGAUGUUCGGCGGAUCCGAACACUGAUGGAAACAUUGAUCAGAUCCUGAAAGUACCAAAACUAGAGAUUCAGAUGCCUUUGUUGUCCGAUAGCGGCAUUAACAACACUAAUAGCGGCACCGACAAGGACUGUUCUGGAGGAGAAGAAGAGACCAGUAGUAGACGCAGGCGCCGCAGUAGGUGGGAUCCUCCGUCGGAGUCUGACAACCACAAUAGUGAUUCCGGUAGCGGCACUCGUAAGAGGAAGUCGAGAUGGGCCGCAGAGGAACCGAAGCCUAUUCUCCAACUGCCUGAUUUCAUGAAGGAACUCACAGGAGGUAUUGACCUUGACCCUGAAGUCCAGCGUUUGAAUGCCAGGCUUAUGGAAAUAAAUCGUUUGUUACAGUCUGCUCAGUCUGGUGCGCUCUUAGAUGAUCGCCCUGAAGGUGCUCGUUCCCCUUCUCCUGAACCCAUUUACGAUAACUUGGGUCAUCGUAUAAAUACGCGAGAAUACCGAGCCCGUGAAAAACUUACCCAAGAGAGGCGGGAAAUUAUCUCUCAAAUAAUCAAAAGAAAUCCUGCUUUCAAACCCCCACCAGAUUACCGGCCUCCCAAACUUCAGAAGAAGCUUUACAUUCCCAUGAAAGAGUAUCCGGGUUACAAUUUUAUAGGGCUUAUCAUCGGACCAAGGGGAAACACACAGAAGAGAAUGGAGAAGGAGACGGGUGCGAAGAUUGUUAUUCGGGGUAAAGGAUCGAUUAAAGAAGGAAGGUUACAACAGAAGCGUGACUUGAAACCCGAUCCCUCUGAGAAUGAGGAUUUGCAUGUUUUGGUGGAAGCCGAAACACAGGAAGGACUUGAGGCUGCUGCAUCGAUGGUAGAGAAACUAUUGCAGCCCGUUGAUGAAGGACUCAAUGAGCAUAAGCGACAACAGCUUAGGGAACUUGCUGCUUUGAAUGGAACUAUCAGAGAUGAUGAGUAUUGUAGGUUGUGUGGUGAGCCUGGUCACCGUCAGUAUGCCUGUCCUGCUCGUACUUCAACAUUCAAGAGUGAUGUACUUUGUAAAAUAUGUGGUGAUGGAGGUCACCCCACCAUAGAUUGUCCCAUGAAAGGAACAACUGGCAAAAAAAUGGACGAUGAGUAUCAGAAUUUCUUGGCAGAACUAGGAGGGUCUGCCCCUGAUUCACUGACUAAGCAAAACUUGUCAGUGCCGCUUCUUGGUUCAAACAGCUCAGGAAGCAAUCCUCCUUGGAGUAGUGGCAACAAUGCUGGAGGUAUUGGGAACACAUCUCAUCCAGGGUUGGGUUCGAAUGCAGUCAAGAAGGAAUAUGAUGAUACGAACUUGUAUAUUGGUUACCUGCCACCAAAUUUUGAUGAUGAUGCCCUUAUCCGAUUGUUUUCACCUUUUGGUGAUAUUGAUCAGGCUAAGGUUAUUAAAGAUCGGGCAACUGGAUUAAGCAAAGGUUAUGGUUUUGUUAAGUACUUUGAUGUUUCUCAGGCCAAUCAGGCUAUAACUAGUAUGAAUGGUUACCGGCUGGAGGGAAGAGUAAUAGCCGUAAGAGUUGCAGGCAAGCCACCUCAGCCUGCUGUACCUCCAGGGCCUCCAGCUCCACCAAUACCAACGUACCCUGGCUCAGGUCAGGCGACUGGUGGAUAUCCAUCUCAACAAUAUACACCAGGUGGGCCUCUUGGAAAUGUUCCACCACCUGGAAGUUACAUGGGUGCCCCUGUUCCAUGGGGGCCACCUGUUCCUCCUCCUUAUGCUCCUUAUGCCCCACCUCCUCCUGGCUCAAGUAUGUAUACCCCUGUUCAAGGUCAAUCUACACCUUAUGGUUCACAAUAUCCUCCUCCACCUCCUCUACCAACUGGCCCCCCUGGUGCCCCAUCUCAGAGCAUUCCUUCUAGUGAAGCACAACAGAGUUUCCCUCCUGGAGUGCAGUCUCAAAAUAGUUCAUCUGUGCAAUCUGUACCUAACAAUGUGUAUGGGAACUCAGUAGCUGGAAUUGCAUCGAAUGUUCAACUUACAUAUCCUCCAUCUUUAGGUUAUCCAUCCUAUUAUGGUGCUGUUCCGCCACCUGUGCCUCAUUCAGCAGGGGACCAUUCUCAGAAUUUGGGAAGUGUGCCUUGGGCUUCAAAGCCAGUGCCACCGCCUGUUAGUUCUGCAGAACAGACACCUUAUGGCACUGACUCGGAAUAUGAGAAGUUCAUGGCGGAGAUGAAAUGACAUGGCUUGGUUUCCAAUUUCCCCUCUCCAGGUUGAAAAGCUUGAGGUUUCUUGGAGGUCUUGUGAACCUGUUUUCUGACCUGUUGCUAUGACUUCAACUUGUUGGAAGUUUGGGACUCAUAUCUUUAACCUUGAUGUGCUGUUAUGCUAUGCAGAGACAUGAUAGUGUAUCUUAUUGGUGUAGCUGUGUGGAGAGCUUCUCAAUAGCAUAUAUUGGCUCAGGACCACAUCACCUUGUGGAUGGAUAUUGUUGCCUCUUAAACGUUUAAAUGCUAAAUAUUUUUCAUUCAUAAUUUUGUUUGUGAGUUUAUUUUAAGAGUUUUACUGAUGGUUUUACGCUUUUAUAUAUUAUCACAUGAGAUGACUCAUUCUCAUACUUGGGUUGGUUGCUAUUUCGUUUAGUGUCUUAACUUUUUUUUCCAU